CUCAAGUUGCCACUCCAGUUUGACAAUCAAGAUGCAAUCACUGGAGGCCCUCUUAUCGUCCCUCGUGGAGUAUCCGCAGCUACAGCGGCCCCACUGCGACCAAUGCCGCAUCGCCAUUGCUGACUACGAUUGCCAGCGCUGCAACCAGCGUUUUUGUAGACAGUGCGAGCUGGUGAUCCACCACCGGUUAGCAGUGCUGGCUAUUAAACAUGAAGAGAGCAAGAGCGACGGAAGGCCGCACCAGGAAUUCCUUACGUGGACCAGCGGUGUGCUGGCUAUGAAUUUUUACAAGUUGCGAUUAGAGCGAACUAACACUGUUAUUCUCGCUAUGUAGCUUGCCAAGAGUGUGGCCAAAACACACAAGAAUUUUUCUGUCUGAAUUGCAGCAUGUAUCAGUGCGAGAAUUGCUGUGCAACCAAACACCGUCAGCUGGAGCCACACUUCUUCUUUUGUGUCGACGGUUCGUCGCCGAGGAUGUUCCCGUUCGCUAGUUGGAACUUGAUGCUUGUGGAGAUGGUGAAAGUGAGCACGGGCAAACUGCAAGACAGUGCUGCCGCUGCAGAAGGAGCAAUGACGUAUGCUAGCAACACUGCUAACGAGGAAUUGGAAGUGAAAUAUAGUACUUCGGCUGCAGCGCAUAUUAAACUGGAGAAGGCCACCGCUGCCGCUACCGCGGCAGCUCUGGGGAAUUUAUCAAUCAAUGGACCCGUCGCCGUAACUCAUCCACCCCAGAGCCAAGCCAAGCAUUCUUCGCGAGUUAACACCACAUCAAUUGUCGAUCUGACGCUUGACGACGAAACUGACGCUAGCACAAGUAGCUCAACUACUAGACCACCAGCACAGCCACAGAUCAAGGAAGAGCUCCGAGUUAAGACUGAAAACACAUGGCUGGCGUCAGCCACUGCUGCUCAACAAAACCCAGUGCUUGACGUGGACGAGUUGAUGGAGAAAGCCAUGGGCGACGAUGAGGAUCCUAUUUUGCGCUCCAUGAUUGGCAAUUAUAAUGAGCUCAGUGCGAAUAUCUUCGAGAUUGACCAGGAGGCCGACCGUGUCAAGAAGAAAACCAAAGAGCUAACCAGUGUCAAGCCGAUUAAUAUGCAGGAGGUACAGAAAGCUCGCACCACGACGCUGAAGCUCCGCAAAGACAAGGCUGAAGCUGAAAAGGCUCGUGAUGGAGUGGUGGCCGACAUUGUUGUUUAUGUGAAGCCCGAUCCAGAAGAUAUGGCGGCAUUUCUGGAGACUUGCACCGCCGAUGUGCCUACUGCCCAAACAGCCAUUCAUCGUAAGUGUGCCACACUAGAAGCGAGCAUCCAGUCCAAGUUGGAGGGGCUUCAGAGGACUCAACAGCACAUGGAAGAGCUGAUUGGACUAAAGAAGGACGCCCUCGCUGAGGUCACUCGCCUUGGAGCUGAUGUUGCUCAGGGAGAGGAGGAAAUUCGCAAACUGGACAAGGAACGACAAGGCGAGUUCUUGACGUUAUGCCAGUUUAGCAAGUCAAUCCAGACUGCAGUCCGGGAGGCGACUGGAAGCGUCUAACACUAGGAUGAUUUGGGCGUACAUGAGUUUGUUCACACGACGACAAUGGCAAUGUGUGGCAGAGGCUAACGUGAAUUUUGCAAUACUGGUACAAGAGAACUUUUGUCAGCUAUGGAGAAGAAUUAAUCCAAACGAUUUAUCAAUCAAGUUUGAAUAUAGGCUCCUGAGUUUCUGAGAUGUCG